UCGAUUUUGUGGGAAAUAUUCUUACUGCAAAUGAACUAUUUACAUUUGUGAUACGUGGUUGGUAUCAGUGUUAAUGUUGCCAACUUAGUGCUACACAUGGUAGAAGUAAAUUGACGGGCAUGGAAGAAAGUUGUGAAUUGUAGUGGAAGGAAUCUGUGUUUUUAGUAUAUAGCAAUGGCUCCCACAAUUCAAACUGCCCUAAAUGCUGACAAGCGUCCAACAAGACCUGGUGAAAAACGAUCUGAGCUGGUGUGUAGAGUUAAAUAUUGUAACACACUUCCAGAUAUACCCUUCGACCCAAAGUUUAUAACAUACCCCUUUGAGUCUACAAGAUUCAUCCAGUAUAAUCCUACAUCCCUAGAGCGCAACUAUAAGUAUGAAGUUUUAACAGAACAUGAUCUUGGAGUUACUAUAGAUCUCAUCAACAGGGAAACAUAUGCCAGUGAUUACAGUGCCCAAUUGGACCCAGCAGAUGAGAAACUUUUGGAAGAAGAUGUUCUCACACCUCAGGAUUCAAAAAGGUCACGCCAUCAUGCUCGAAGUGUGUCGUGGUUGCGGAGAACUGAGUAUAUUUCAACAGAGCAGACUCGUUUUCAGCCUCAGACUAUGGACAAGGUUGAAGCUAAAGUGGGUUACAGCAUCAAGAAGAGCUUGAAAGAUGAAACAUUGUAUAUGGAUCGUGACAGCCAGAUUAAAGCUAUUGAGAAGACAUUUGAAGACUCCAAGAAGUCAAUUGACAAGCAUUAUAGUAAACCAAAUGUUGUACCAGUGGAGAUUCUCCCAGUAUAUCCGGACUUCAAGAUAUGGAAGUACCCGUGUGCACAGGUUAUAUUCGAUUCAGAUCCAGCUCCUACAGGUCGACCUGUACCUGCACAGAUUGAAGAGAUGUCCCAGGCAAUGAUCAGGGGUGUGAUGGACGAGAGUGGUGAGCAGUUUGUGGCAUAUUUCCUGCCUACUGAUGAAACCCUUGAGAAGCGUCGCAAAGACAUUGGUAACUCAAUAGAAUAUGAGGAUGAUGAGGAAUAUGAGUACAAGAUGGCUCGAGAAUACAACUGGAAUGUGAAGAGCAAAGCAUCAAAAGGCUAUGAGGAGAACUACUUCUUGGUCAUGCGGCAGGAUGGAGUAUACUAUAAUGAGCUGGAGACUAGGGUACGCCUGAGUAAGCGCAGACAGAAGAUUGGCCAACCACCAAACAACACACGUCUAGUAGUAAAACACAGACCACUCAACGCACAGGAGUUCCGCAUGCAGCGGUAUAGAGAACGUCAGUUGGAACCACCAGGAGAAGAAGAAGAGGAGGAUGAGGAAGAUGAAGAACAACAAACUCAAGACGAUGCUGGUGACCAGGAAACUGUGGUCACCAAUGACCAAGAUGAUGCUAACAAAUCAGAUGAAGAAAGGGAUGAGGAGGCUGAAGCCACUGCUGAGGGGGACAAAGAAGAGGAGGAGGAACAGAGGAGUGGCAGUGACAAGGCAGACAGUGACCAUGAAGAGGAAGCAGAGAAAAGUGAGACUAGUGCAAAGGAGGGGAGUGAUGGAGGUGCAAGUGGUAGUGAUGAUGAGCAAGCCCAGUCAAAGAGUUCGGGAUCCCGCAGCUCAUCCCCUGGCAGUCAGAAGUCUCGAUCGCGGUCCAGAUCCAGAUCCAAGUCUCAGUCACAUUCUCGAUCUCCCUCGGGAAGUCCCAAUAAGAGUGCCAGUGGCAGUGGCAGUGGUAGCAGUAGUGCAAGUGGCAGUGAGAGUGACAGUGGUGAGGGUGAGAAGUGAGUUAGUCAGAGAGAGAAUAAAUGUUUUUAAAAUAAGCACAGUUGAACUGUCUCUAUAAAAUGUUAAUCUUUUUGUAAAAUACCAACAAACAGUCAUAAAAAUGAAUGUCUUUUCUCUAACUUUUUUGCUUCAGAACUUGUAAUAAUGCCGGCUAUACUAGCAGUCAGUUUCCAGAGAACUCGCAUUAUUCUGAAUUCAGGCUUCACAGUCAUGUUUAUGCAGCAGGCUUUUAUCCUAGAAGAGGAGGGCAUUUGUUGACAAUAUGUAGAAACUUUUGCCUACAUUAAAUCUGUAGUGUAGCUUCCCAGUGUUAUGUUGAUUCUUGGUUUUUCUUGUAUGCCACUUUUUUAUUUACAUUGGGAGGAGAUAAUAUGAUCCCCAGUGCAAUGAUAUAAAAGCACAUAAUUGAAUUUGUCGAUGGCCACAAUGGACCGAAACUUGUUCUAGUGAAUGAAAUGUGAACUGCGUGUGUGAAAAAUGACAUACAAGAAAAACCAAGAAUUCACAUUAAACAUAAUUUUUCCCAUGAAAUGUAACAAGAUAUGGCUUUCUCUUUAGAUUGUACCAAUUUAUAUUGUUAAACAAUA